AUGGAGGUCAUUAAUAGAGAUACCUCAACCCUCCCAAUCCAGGGCCCUAGCCAAAGUGCACGACAGCUACAAGCAUCAUUUGUUUAUCCGGCUCAAAUGGCCAUGUUUGCACGUGUCACAUCCUAUCCUCCGCUGGGACAAAUCACUUGUCUCCAAACGGCGAAGAAGGCAUCGCGAUUGGAAGAAGAUGCGCUACGUUUCACGGUCACUAUCGAGUCCAGCGGCUCAUUCCCCGAACAAUCAUGGGAAGCACAGAUCUGGCAUAACAUCACUGGCCCCGAAUGGGAACAUCUGCCAUUGCAAAGAUGUAACACAGAUCAUGCUGAUCUUUUGUCCGGAAACGAUGAAGAGUACAACUAUCAUCGCUAUGUAUUCUCAGAAGAGAUAAUCCUACCAGCCCCAGGAGGUCAUGCACAGUUCACAGUCCGGUUCCGAACCAGCCCAGACACAGAAUGGCAGUGGGCUAAUCAAAGACACCCGGUGGGCGACGGUGAAAUUCUAUAUAGUGCACGCUACUCUGAUCUUGACAACGCUGUGUCCACUGGUGUCGCUGCACGAGCUCCCAAAGAGCAACUAGAAAAGUACAUCGAUAAUCUUCAUGGUGACUUGCGGAUUGAGUCUCGACCCAGUGAAGCUCCUGGAUCGAUCCUCUGGGCUCUUUCUGGAGAUACAGAUGCUGUUCGAAAUGGAUCUUCAACCAUCAAACAACUUGCACUUGGGACCGCUUCGUCGGUGGUGAGGUACUUCUCACUAGUACGUGUGGGGAGCGCAUGGCUUGGCCCUAGACAUGGCAAAGAUAAAUUUCGACUUACUGAAGAUGCGAUAUUUUGCUCUUUCCUGCGUGAUGAUGGCGUGAAUCUUGUUCUACUGGCCGUUUCUGGAGUCAACGAUGUUUUGACCGUGUUUCAGUCAGGUGGGAACGGUGAAGUCGUGAUCUCCGCAAAAAGUGACGAUUUAGAAGCAUCUGAAUUCCAUGUGCUUGUUAGCGCAGCGGAAAACUUUGAAGUUGCCAUGUCUGCAGUGGUUUAUGAGGCACGGAAAGUCGUCAGGCCAUUUGCUGAUACGAGUAAUCUGGAUUUGGACGAUUCGGUCCCACUAUCUCCCCCUGGUGAUGAUAUGGUCAUUGUUGAGAAAGACCCGAGUGCACAGUGGCUUUCUGAGUGGUUCGACGGUCUCACAUAUUGUACCUGGAAUGGGCUUGGACAGGACCUCACCGAAGAGAAGAUCUUGCAUGCCUUAGACUCGUUGAAGGCGAAUGGGAUCAACAUCGUCAAUCUUAUUAUCGAUGAUGGCUGGCAGACAACCGACAAUGAAGGGCAGUCUCAGUUCAAGCAAGGCUGGAAGCAGUUCGAAGCACACCCGAAAGGAUUUCCGGAAGGAUUGAAGCAUACUGUGGGAGCUAUUCGUCGAUCACAUCCCGAUAUCGACCAUAUCGCGGUCUGGCAUGCCUUGCUGGGUUAUUGGGGAGGUAUCUCACCAGAUGGGGAUCUAGCCCAAAAAUUCAAAACAAAGCAAGUGAAGAUCAAAGACGCAGCUGCCAAUGGGUCAUUCACGGAGAGCCCUCUAGAUGGCACAAUCGUUGCCAUUGAUCCCGAUGAUAUCAACCGAUUCUACGAUGAGUUCUAUGACUACCUUACGUCUGUUGGUAUAGACUCGGUCAAGACAGAUGCACAAUUCUUCCUUGACCUCCUUGAUGACCCAGCGGACCGCCGAAGAUUCUUGACUUCUUAUCAAGAUGCAUGGUCUAUCGCAUCACUUAAGCACUUGAGCACUCGGUCAAUCUCAUGCGGGUCAAUGACCCCUCAAAUAAUCUUCCAUUCACAAAUGCCCACCAACAAGCCCACUAUUCCAUUGCGAAACUCCGACGACUUCUUUCCAGAUGUUGUUGCCUCUCACCCAUGGCAUGUGUUUUGUAAUGCUCAUAAUGCAUUACUCACCCGAUAUUUGAACGUAUUGCCGGAUUGGGAUAUGUUCCAAACAAGUCACCUAUACGCGUCAUUCCACGCUGCAGCUCGAUGUGUAUCCGGAGGGCCAAUUUAUAUCACCGAUGAGCCGGGUAAACAUGACCUGGCCCUACUCAAUCAGAUAACUGCACCUACUGUCAAAGGAAUCACGGUGAUCUUGCGUCCUAGUGUCAUUGGACGCACGAUAGACAUAUACAACGACUACGACGAAGGACGUGUUCUGCGCGUUGGAAGCUAUACCGGCUGGGCCAAGACUGGAAGUGGAAUCUUAGGCGUUUUCAAUAUUCAAUCUGCCGAGGCCUCGAUCAUAGUCCCAUUGAUGGAUUUCCCAGGAAUUCACGAGGACUCCGAAGGCCAGUAUAUUGUGCGUGCACACAGCAGCGGUAGGAUAUCGCAUCGCAUGCGGCCGUUGAGCCGGGAAUCUCUGGUAUCAGUUGUUCUGGGGCCAAAGGGCUGGGAGAUCCUCACUGCUUACCCGACUCAGUCGUUCAUGCUGACGGGCAGCCAUGACGGCAACUCUUCUGGUGACCGUCUGACACACGUGGCUGUGCUCGGUCUUUUGGGAAAGAUGACUGGUGUAGCGGCUAUAGUGACUUCAGAUAUAUCUGUUGUUGAGAAUGGUCGUUUACGAGUUGACAUCAGCUUAAAAGCGCUGGGCACUCUGGGGAUCUAUUUCUCGGAUCUUCAAGACAGGAGCAUUGCACGAAACUUCAUGGUCAUGAUUUUGGGACGACCAGUUCCACAGAAUACGGUAUGGAAACAAGGUGGAGAGAAUGCUAAUGUCCUGGCAAUCGAUAUAUUGGCGGCAUGGAAAUCGAUGAAAUUGGACAGUGGAUGGAGUAACGAGGCAUUCGUGCAGGUUUUUGUGAGUUGA